AUGGAAGGGGAAGGGGUUCAGCCCCUGGACGAGAAUCUGGAAAAUGGAUCAAGGCCAAGAUUCAAGUGGAAGAAGAUGCUGAGUCUGGCGGUUUCCGGGAUCAAGGCAGCAGGGAUGCUCCUGUGCUUCAUCUAUGUCUGCCUGCAACUCUCUUCACCUCCGGAGAAGUACCCUCCAAUCCAAAGACUCAAAGCACCAGUUACCAGAUGUGAACAUGGGAGACUAUUCAUCGGCUUAUCCAAGACUGAGUAUCAAACCAUGGAGGUGCAGAACAACUCAGUCAUCAUCAACUGCGAUGGCUUUUAUCUCGUCUACCUGAAGGGCUCCUUUUUCCAGGAGGUCAAGAUCGACCUUCAUUUCCGGAAGGAUAAAAGUCCCAUCUCUAUGCCAAUGCUGAACAAUGGUCAAAGGGUUGUCUUCACUGUGGUGACCUCUUUGCGCUUCAAAGAUAGAGUUUACCUGACUGUAAAUGCUACUGAUACUCCCUGUGAACACCUGCAAAUAAAUGAUGGGGAGCUGAUUGUUGUCCAGCUAACGCCUAGUAGAUACUGUGCUCCUGAAGGAUCUUAA